AUGGCUUCAAGGGGUGCUACAGGCACGACUUCCACUGCAGCUGGUGGUACAACGGUGGCUCCGAGCACAUCGACGACGUCUACGACCACAAGUACAACAUCGACCACAGACGCUACAAAGACAAAAGCCACAACCAAGAAAACCAAGAAAACAGAGAGAGAAAAGCCUGUCCCUCUGCCUCCAGCCGUGCUUUGGGCGCAAAAGAACCUCUGGAAACCUACGGAGAAUUUUGUCCGGACCGAAGCCUCACACCAAGAGUACCUCGUCAAGUCCGUCUACAACCGACAGCCCCGAUAUGUCGGACACUUUCUGUUCAGAUUGAUCCACAGUGCGAGUUGGAUCCCGCGGUACAUUUUUGAGCUCGUCUGCCUCCUUCUGAGCGUUACGACGACAUUCAUCGUCCAGCUCAUUGACCUCGUCUUCACCGUCGGCUUUCGGGGCCUGUUUGCUUUUCCCUGGGCGUCGACGCUCUUCUUUGGUCUGGUCGUCGGCCUGCCCACGAUCCCCUACGAGUUUUGGCUCCAAGACGAUGUGCAAAAUGCCGUGCUCUCGGGUGUCUUGGUCGCCGCGUGGUUCCUGUGGAUGUCGCACCUGUACAUGAACAGGCCGGAGCGCUGGCUGGGUUACACGCGGCUCGAGUUCUUCCCGUGGCUGUCGGGCGAGGAACUUCUAAAUGGACCCUAUGUUAUGCUCGCCAUUGCAGUUGCCGUCUUUGUGCACUUUCGAAAGGAUUUGCUGACCUUGGACACGCGCACCAUUCAUGUUGAGAAACAGCCCAUUCACUUCCAGGAGCCGCCGCCCGUCGAAGAAGAAGAACUGGAAGAAUGGCCUAUUGUUUGGGAUUACUUUGCUACAACACUGACAUUGUGGUGA